AUGCAAGAGCCGGGGGCCAACUGCAGCGAGAGCCGGCGGCUGCAGCGCCUCCUGGGCCGGCUGUGGCAGGAGCUGCGCGGCGGCGUCGGGGGUCCCGGCCCCAGCGCUUCUUCCAGGCCCGCCGCGCCCCCGCCGGGCGAGGACGACGCCUACCUGUACAUCCUGCUGAUCAUGAUCUUCUACGGCUGCCUGGCCGGCGGCCUGAUCCUGGCUUACACGCGCUCGCGCAAGCUGGAGUCCAAGCACGACCCCUACCACCUCUACAUCGAGAGCGACUGGGCGGCGGGCAAGGGGGUCCCCGCCAGCCCGGGCGAGCGCAGCAGCAGCGGAGAGAGCGAGCCUCUGUGA